AUGGCCAAGAAAAUUUUAUUAACUUUGCUUUCAAUAUUUCUUGUAUGCAUUUUAGAGGCACAAGGAAGAAAAUCUCUUUACUCAAUGAAUGGUAAAGAUGAAUUGCCAGUAGUUUUCCCAAGUGAUCAUAGUGAUGGUAUCUGCAAAUCAAUGGUGGAGACACAAGGCUACAAAUGUGAAGAACAUAAGGUUACAACAAACGAUGGUUUCAUUCUAAGCCUUCAGAGAAUUCCAGCAGGGCAAUCUGGUAAAAUAGCAGAUAAGCCACCUGUUCUACUACAACAUGGUCUCUUCAGUCAGGUAAAUUAUUGAAUUAUGACGUAUUUUUGAGUAAUAAUAUGUGGUUUUCAGGAUGCUAUGAUAUGGCUGUUUAAUUCUCCUGAUGAAUCAUUGGGAUUUAUAUUAGCCGACAAUGGGUAUGAUGUGUGGCUUGCUAAUACUCGUGGCACUAGAUAUAGCAGUGGCCAUACAUCUCUCACUCCCAGUGAUAAGGCUUAUUGGGAAUGGUCAUGGGAUGAAUUAGUCUCCUAUGAUCUUAAAGCCUGUGUCGAAUAUGUGUAUAACCAAACCAGACAAAAGCUGCACUAUACAGGUCAUUCCUUGGGAACUCUAAUUGCAUUAGCUGCAUUCUCUGAAGGGGAGAUGGUAAACAUGAUCAGAUCUGCUGCUUUACUUAGUCCAAUUGCUCAUCUCAAUCAGAUUCCUUCACCGGCUAUCAAAUUUGCGGCUAAUAUCUUUCUAGCUGAUGAUCUGUACUGGUUAGGUCUUCGCGAGUUUAAUCUCAAAGAGCAAGAUGCUUCCAAACUUUUAGAAGGUAUCUGCAAAAUUCCAGGCAUCAAUUGCGCCAACCUACUGACAGUUUUCACAGGCCCAAACUGUUGCAUUAAUUCUACGAGGAUAGAUGUUUAUCUUGAUCAUGAGCCUCAACCAACAUCAACCAAGAACUUGAUCCACCUUGCUCAAAUGGUGAGGACAGGGUACAUAGCGAUGUACAACUAUGGAGAUCAAGCACAAAACAUGCAACACUAUGGACAAGCCAGUCCUCCUGUAUACGACAUGACUAGUAUACCAAACGACCUUCCUCUUUUCCUCAGCAAUGGAGGGAAAGAUACGCUGUCAGAUGUAAACGACGUUGCCGUUUUGCUUGACGAUCUCAAAGAUCAUAACAAGGACAAGCUUGUUGUACUUUCCAUAGACGAAUAUGCUCAUGUUGAUUUUGUCAUGGGCGUUAAUGCCAAACAAGUUGUUUAUGAGCCCAUGAUUGAUUUUUUCAAUCAGAAUUAA